UCAUUAACUCAUCUUUCACACAAUAUUGCAACAAGUACUACUUAUCGCUUAUUUGCAUUAAUAUAUUCUUUGUUUUCCAUUCCCUUAAUUUACUUAUUAUUUUGCUGUGAUUGAGAGGAAUGAUCGGAAGCGUAGUCACAAAAGCAAGGAUGUUUUUGCGUAGUUCAUGCAUGGAAGCGAAGCAAGUGCGAGCGGAUGGCCGCCAAUUUAGCAAGGUCCGAGGCGUAGCAGUAAAAGACUCAUCGUCGACGUCGUCAGCUGAAAACGAAACUGCUACAAUUUCAAGUAAAUUAUCAUUAGGUUACAGUAAUAAUGAGGAUGAGGAUGAUGAUGGGAUGAAUAAUAAGAGGGAUGAUAUUGAGGAGUUGGGUUGGUCGUCGACGACGUCGUAUUGGAGUCCACAUCCGUACAGUGGGAUAUAUGUACCUAAAGGACAUGAGUGGGUGGUAGACGAUGUACCCAAAAAUGCUGCCUCCUUUGGCCAGACUUAUUGGUUAAGGAACGUUGAUGGUGUUGACAAGGCUGAUCCCGAUCUCUCCUCUGAUCACUACUUCCACUUCCAUGCACACAGUACUUAAUUCUUCUAUCUGAUCUCUUUCAAAUAUCAUUAUAUAUAUAUAUAUAUAAUUCUAUAAUUAAUAUAAUAUAAUCAUCCUAAUAAAAUCACUACUAAUGAGCUGACACUUCACCCCCAAUUACUUGUAAUAAAUACCCAUCUAUCCAUAUAAUAAUAAUAAUAAUAGCUGUAAUAAUUUAAUUUCCGCGUACUAGUGCUGUGUAACAGAUCAACAACUUUAGGUUUACAUAUGUAGUGUAUUGUAUUCUGUAUGCACUUGUGGUUGAUUAUUAAUUAAUGAAUAAUUUUAUUUGGUAA